AUGGAGGUGUUGAUAGGUGAGAGAGCAGCAUUGCUUACAACCCACAAGACUUAUCGUGAUGAUGGUGAGGAUAGUGUAAGAGCAGUUGCUGGUUAUCCUCCUUUCUGUAACUACGUGGAGACCUGUGCCAAGUCUGGACCAGUACCAUCUGCCUUUGAGAUACGAAACAUACGGCGUAUAGCACAACGCGUUGUUGGUGUAAUCAUGGAUGUUGAGUGUGAAACACAAAGUGGAAAAGUUAUUCAAACAGUUGAUCUUCAUGACAAUUCUCCUGUUAUUCUUUUUCCUGUUGCUGUUGUAAACGACACAAGGUAUGCUCUUCUUGUUCGUCAACGCCGUGUAUCUGCUGGAUGUAAAUACACACUAGAAGCUAUGUGUGGUACGGAAACAGAAGAAAAUGUUUUUACAGGACCGAGUGACGAACAUCUUGCUGCACUAGGGUUUGACCUCCGCCAGGCUUAUGCAUUGAGUCCAUCCAGAUAUACUUUGGGUAACGAGGGUACAGCACCGUACAAGGUGUGCUCUGUCAACGCAACAUUAUCUCCUGAAGUACUUCAAGAGCUUCAAAAUCCUCCUGAAAAUGUAGAUACCUCACUAAUUCCAUUGCCAUUAGAAGAGGUUUUGAGUACUGUAAACGAUGCCAAGGCUAGUCUUGCUGUAUCUUUGUUAUUGGGCUCUGUAGCAUAG